UGUCAAAAUAGCUGCGGAAAAUAAAUAAAAAUGGCUCCUAGACGAAGUGCAAGAUGUGUAAAUCCAGCAAAUUCAGUAAAUUACGAUAAUUUAAAGCUAAACGAUGUGCUGUGCCCGAUAUGUAGAAGUAUUUUAAUUGAACCAGUAACCCUACCGUGCAAUCACGGUUUCUGUUCGUCCUGUUUCGAGAGUACUGUCGCUAAUACAAACUUAGUUUGUCCACUGUGUAGAGUUCGAAUUGGUUCGUGGCUGCGUACUUCGAAAAAGGAUAACAAACUGGUGAACGUCGUACUUUGGAACGUUAUACAGAAGCAGUUCCCUAAGCAGGUCAAAAAUAAGUUGGACGGUGUAGAGGAAUAUCCCGAAGAAGUGCAGCCGCCACGAAGAAUUACAGUUCCAGGUGAAAUACGACGCGAGUAUGAGGCCGAAAAGCACAAGACCGAAUUGGAACUUCAAAAGGAACGCGCAGCUGAAGAGAAAGCCAGCCAAUCAUUGAUUAAAAAGAUACGCGACGAGGAGGAGUACGAGGAAGUGCUGCGUGAAGAAAAUGUACGUCUAAGUGAGCAGGUGGCAAAGAAGUUGGCGCAGGAGUAUUGUUUUGACCCGGGGCCUUCAAGUUCAGGGGUUACCGUAAAGAAACAAGGCCCUAUCGAUAAGCUAUUGCAAAAUUUAAAUCAUAAGAAGGUUACUGUAACAAUCCAACCAGGUAGAAAUGCUUCAAAGGAAUAUACGUGUAAAAAUUUGUGCCAAAAUAAGCCCAUUCAAAACGUUAAUAGAUUAUUUAAUACGACAACUGCAUCUAAAAAUAUACAAGAUAAGUUAAAGAAGGUGAUAACAGAACGUGAAGCGGCCGACAGCAAUGAUUCGAUCGACUCUGAGUGUAGGUUCUUUAAACCGAUCGAGCCCAAGUAUGUUCCGUUACCAAAGAAGGUACCUGUAAUCAAAGUUCCUGCUGUGACACGUACUGUUAGUACUGUUAUUAUAGGGCCUCCAAAGGGUGAAACAAAUUUUAAGCAUUCCAGUUUAGAAUCGGCUUUUGUAGUAGUUAAGAUUAUGAAAUGUCCAGUCUCAACUCAAAUAUCAAAAUGUGAUACAACUAUAACGGAACUACCUCCGAGUUUACAAAAUGUUACGGAAAACAAAAAGUUAGUCAGGUGUAGGACGCCAACGAAACGAAAGCGAGGCAAAUCUCCACAAGUGAUGCAAAAGAAGAGCAAAACGGAUAGAAAUUCCCCCUUCAGAGGUUUUGAUAGUAAUAUGAAUGGUAUUACGACAAAAAUCAAUGGAAGCAUCACCCACCACAAUAAGAGCGUUGGUAAAGAUAUAAAGAAACGUCAGGAAGACGACGAUUUCCAACUAGCUUUGAAGCUGCAAGACGAACUAAACAAGCGGUAUUAUAAUACUCGAAAUAAUUACAGCGUACAAAUAAAAAAACCGUUAGCUAGGCAAGUCACUUUAAAAGAAAUCAUGUCUCAAAAUAUUAGCAAGGUUCCGCAAUAAGAAUAUAAGCUCGUUAUUUGUAAUUAUUUAUACGCCUACACAUUUAUUGUAACUAUAACAUAGCGAUUAUCAUUUAUGCUAUAUAGAUCGAAAAUGAAAAACUAUUUACUCUCUAUGAUGAUGUAAAGAUGUGAUAUUGUAAAACUUCACUAAUUUUAUGUUAAGAUUCACCUGUAUUAACAUUAGUCUUCUGAGGAAUUACAAUAAAAUUAUUUUUUUUAUAAGGGCUACCACUACUACAUUAAUCCCUUAUCUUUUAGUCAGUUUAGCUGUGCCCUUUUUUAUUGUAAUACCCACAAUUCUAACAAAAUAGUGGUAUAUUGUAUAUUUGUUGUUUUCUUUUAGAGUUAUUUAAUGACCUCUGAAAUAUCACGUGACUAAUUAGCCUAGCAAAUUUUAGUAUUACAAGAGUAUAUUUUGGAAUCUUAUUUAUAAGAUUAUUUUUUUAAAUCGUAGUAAAUAAGUUAAAUGUAAUAUUGUAUUCCGUACAUUUAGUUGCCUCCUGCUGUGAUUGCA